GUGAAAGACGCGUACCAUGCCUUUAUGGAAGCAACCCGUGAUUCACUGACGGAGCUGUCCAUUGUCGGCGGUCUCGUCUGGGAUAGCCCUAUCCACACGCUGCGCGACGUCACGCACCUGCACCUCGAGUUGCCCGUCCCAUUAUCCAAUAUCGAUUUGCUCUUCCGCCAUAGCGCUGGACUGCAGUCGCUCACGCUGAUAUGCGGCGUGGUAGAGGACACGGGGCUCUGGACCGUACUUAUGGAACACGCAUCGGCCCUUCCCGGCCUGACCUCUUUCAAGUUGCACAUUUCUCCGAACACUACCGUCACGGAAUCCAUGGCCACUGUGCUAUUCGACUUCCUACAGCAAAAGAAAAGCCUGCGUAGGCUCGAUAUCGCCGCUGGCGCGGGGUGGACCCAUCGCGAGACAACGCCUGUGCUUGAGCGGAUCUCCAAGCUGCAAAGCCUAGAGGUGCUCGGGGUAGACCUGCAGUAUCACUCAUUGGGUUGGAGACACUUGGAAGAUCUGCUCAGACUAAUCCCGCACGGCAUCACUGCCCUUCGUAUCAAAGCGACAGCCACCGACGUACUCUUCGGCGGGUAUGUCUCAGUCCUAGACCUGUGGGGAAAACGUCCAAUUAUCCGAUUUACAUACGUCGACGACCGCGAUAUCCCACCCUGGCUGACUAUGCAGGAGCUUGCCGAGGAGUCGUGCAGCCUCGAGCUUGUGGGGCACAACGGCCGCUUCGCAGACGUCGAGCACGAGGAAAACGAGCCCUCGCUGUGCUAUUGGUCGCGGAGCAAAGUCGAGUUCCGGACGGUCGAAGAUUUCGGGUGCGAGGACUGGGAGUGGCUGAUGCGAUGCCAUCGGCUCUGCUACGACAGCCCGGAUAUACAAGAGGACUUCCCAGAGCUGCCGUGAAGUAUUAUAAACCAAAUGAUCUGCUUUUACGGCGCCAGCGCUUCACAAGCGUUCAGCCCAGCGGAUGAUAAAUAACAGUGAGUGAUGCACAAGGACUGCGGUAUAAGUAUGUUGCUAUGUAUAUAUCAUAUGUAUGUAUGUAUG